UAGCUCUGCUGUCUUGGCUUGUACACCGUCCUGCGGGCUGUGUGGACAGCAAACUGGGGAGGGACAUUUCUGCACACCUCUUGAGUUUCUUCAAAGAGCUGCAGAGAGGCACGGGGGAGGAGGGAGAUCACACAGAAAGGGGGGGUAAGAGAGAGGCGAAAUCAUCCCAUCUUUCGCUUGUGAGCAAGGCACUGCUGCUUGAAUCCAUUUUCCUCCGCGCUCAGAUGUAACAGGAUAAAAUGCUGAAGUUCUUCACAGCGCGGGAUGAUGAGAAUGAAAGCCUUUUGGGAGCAAUAACUGAGGAUGAAGGGGACAGUACGUCUCUUCAGGACACCAAGCACCACUGGCUGAACAGACCCUGUCUGCUGGUGCUCAAAGAUGGAGAUGUGUCAAAACCUGCACUGGACUGUAGAGAAAUCAGACCGCAAUCUCCAUCUAAAGCCACAUCGGAUGCGACGCUCAGAAGCAAAUCUGGACCUUGUGAGCAGAAACCUAUUGAACAUCCCACUGAAUCUGCUUCCCAAGUGGUGAAUGGCAGCUGCACUGUGACUUCCAUCUCCACAUGGGGUGAAAAGGAGUCCCCCAGCCCUCUAGUGUUGGGCCCAGCAGAGGCCGCGUGGGCAGAGGAGGAGGAAGAGAAGAACCAGAAGUCGCCGGUUCUCCCAUCAAAGGAAGACUCUGUGAUUGAGGAGAAGGAGCGGGAGGAAAGUGGGCUGGAGCAGCAGGAUGAGACCUGCAGCUUGGAGGGACCAUCUCGAGGAGAUCAGACAAACACCAAUAAGGCUGGGGCAGGCCGCGGGGAGGAAGCGAUGGGUGAGUGCGCUGCUUCUCCUGUGGAUCUCGAUGACAUGUCUGAGACGAGCCCCGUUGGCAUUUUGUCCAAGGAUCGAGUCACUGUCCUUGGUGAGGUGGCCCCCGUGUGGGUCCCCGAUGCCGAAGCGCAGGUCUGCAUGAAGUGUGGUAUCAAGUUUACAUUCACCAAGAGGAGGCACCACUGCCGUGCCUGUGGGAAGGUUUUUUGUGCACUUUGCUCCAGUUUGAAGUUCAAACUUACGCACCUGGAUGGGAAGGAGGGACGAGUGUGCAUUUCCUGUCAUUCAGCACUCAUUAAAAGGAUGUCUCCAAAAGGAAAAAGAAGGGUGUGGUUCGCAGACGAAAUCCUCACCAAUAAGCAUUCAGAGUCUGCCCCGACCACACCCGUCAGGGAGCCCGCGUUCUCACCGCUGAUGAGUCGAGUGCUGGGUGGGCCUGUUAAAAGUCCUGUGGGUUCACCCCAGAUCAGGAGAACUUUGAGGCCACAUGGAACAAUGAUUGGUGAGGCCUGUGGUCCCUACGGCUGGGGAACCACAGCUUUAGUGAGCAGCUCUGCUAACCUCAUUCCCUUGGAUGGUUUGCCACCCAUACUCACCUCCACAGGAGUCAAAGGAGACUACACUGUGGAGGAGCAGCCCUCCGAGAUGCUCCUUAUUCAGGAGUUGGAGAGCGGCAGACCCAAGCCUCUGGUGUUUGUUCUCAAUGCUAACCUGCUCGCUAUGGUGAAGUUGGUCAACUACGUUAACAGGAAGUGCUGGUGUGUGACAACAAAGGGAAUGCACGCUGUAGGGCAGGUGGAGCUGGUGGUGCUGCUGCAGUGCCUACCUGAAGAAAAAAGCUUCCCCAAAGACAUUUUUAGGCACUUCAUUCAGCUGUACAGAGACACUUUCACAGGGAAGGUUGUGAAACACCUGUCACUCUCCCUGUUUGGCAGCAGCUUCUUUGGCAGUCAGGAUCAUGCAGGCUUCCUGUACGUUCGCUCCACUCUCCAGUCCCUUCAAGGUCUACCUCUGCCAAACCAGCCCUACCUCUUUGGCCUGCUGGUCCACAGAGCAGAGGUGGCCUGGGCCAAAGCCUUUCCCUUGCGCCUCAUGCUGCGACUGGGCGCUGAGUACAGAUGUAAGCCAGGCAACUAUGUAAGCUCUCUGAGUUAUAAUGUUUCUUCCCCAGUUACCCACUUUCUGUCUCUUGUUCCAGUUUACCCAUGCCCUCUGUACAGUGUACGCUUUAGGAAGCCCUUGUUUGGGGAUAUAGGUCACACAAUAAUGCGACUGUUAGUGGACUUUAGGAAUUACCGUUACAGCCUACCAGUGGUAUCGGGGCUCACUGUGGACUUAGAAGCUCAUAGGACUUGCAUAAAAAUACCGAACACUGGGUAUAAUGAGCUAAUGAAGGCUGUGAAUAAGUCCAAUGAGCAUGUGCUGGCAAUAGGGGCAUGCUUCAAUGACACUGCAGACUCCCACCUCAUCUGUGUCCAAGCAGACGAUGGCCAGUAUCAGACCCAAGCCAUCAGCAUCCACAAUCAACCACGUAAAGUUACUGGAUCAUGCUUUAUUAUAUUCAGUAGUGCGCUGAAAGCGUCAGCAGGAUACCUGGCCAAAUCCAGCGUUGUAGAAGAUGGGCUAAUGGUGCAGAUCACCGUGGAAACCAUGGCGGAGCUCCGUCGAUCACUACGGGAGAUGAAAGACCACACUGUCACCUGUGGACGGCUGGACCAAUCAGAGAGCCAGGAGCUUGUUUGUGUACAGUGGGUGGAGGAGAAAUGCACUGUGAAUAAGGGCAUCAUCAGCCCCAUCGAUGGGAAAUCAAUGGAGUCUAUCAGCAGUACCAAGAUGUUCCAGAAGUCCGAAUACAAAGAAAAUGGAAAGAUCAUCCGCUGGACAGAAGUGUUUUUCCUGCAGACAGGUGAUAAUCCCAAAGGAGCAGUGACUGACUCUGCUGAACACAACCGGCUCACGGAGAGAAUCGCCCGGGCAUUUUGCUUGGCACUGUGUCCACACCUUAAACUGCUGAAAGAGGACGGGAUGGCCAAACUGGGACUGCGUGUCACUUUUGACUCCCAAGAGGCUGGAUUUGUGGCAGGAAGCAAUGGGCAGCCCCUCCCAGCUCAGUACCUCAAUGCGCUGAAUAGCGUGCUGAUUCCUGUCAUCCACAGCAGGGGGCGCAAGAGGGACGGCGAGCCCAUAGUGAUGGAGCUCAUUUUUUACAUCCUUGAGAACAUCACUUAGAGAACUCAGACUUUCCACUAAUUCAUCUUCUUAACCCUGACCACUGCUUCAUCUUCAGCACUUCUCACCAGUUUCAGGGCAAUAAAAGCAUUCCAAAGGCAAAGCGGAUCAUAUCCAAGGUCCGCAUCCAUCUCAUCCAAGAGAUCUGACUCUUUGUGGUUUUCUGAUCUCACUCGGCCCAGCCACAAUCAAUCAGGCUACGCAUGAAACCUACGAUGGACCAUUAGAUAAGGGUGCAGCUCUCGCACUGUAGUAGCAAUUUCAUGGCUUGAAAUCAUCAAUGUCACAAUGUUUAAUACAUAUUUUACAGUCAAUACCUUUAAAGUGAUAGCUCACAACCUUAAAGCUAAGAGAAUGACUUGAAGUUAUGUAUCAAAUCCAAAUAGCAGCUUCAUGCGCACUGAAUGAAUGCCUGGAGAAUGUUUUAAUAUUUGAUGAAUUUUAACUGACUGCUCAUGAAAUGUAAUGUUAGCUUGGAAUUAAACUUGCAACAGUGA